AUUUCCCACAACCCAUUACCGCUUGUACUCUGUCACCGUCUAGUACUCCUCCUCAUCAAGACCUCUACCCCUCAACAUGACAAAACGUACACGCAAAGUUGGUGUGACCGGAAAAUAUGGUACCCGCUACGGUGCUUCGCUUCGUAAACAAGUAAAAAAGAUGGAGAUAACACAGCACGCCCGGUACACCUGCACCUUCUGCGGCAAGGACUCCGUGAAGCGUACCGCCGUUGGUAUCUGGAAUUGCAGCUCCUGCAGAAAGACGAUCGCUGGUGGGGCAUGGACAGUAUCGACGACUGCGGCUGCUACCGUACGGAGCACCGUUCGUCGUCUGCGGGAGUUGACGGAGGCAUAGAUCAAAUAUUAUCGCUUAUUUUCUUCAUUUGUUCCAUACAAGAGUACCGAUCGCCUUCGGACGUAGCGAGUGUUUUCACAGUGAAUUACAAUAACAGGUGUCUGUAUACUACGUUCGCUGUAUUCUUCUCCCUCGCUUCUGCAAGAAAUAGCGCCCGAAUGUCUCUUCAACAUCGUACUCGU